UAUCGGAUGAAACAAGGCAAAAGCCUAAGCGUGUGUGUAAUAAAUACUCAGAUACCAGAAGGAAAUAUAAAGAAGAAAAUUAAUAUCAAAGUAUGAGCCAAAAGUGUCCUCCCUUUGAGUUUUCAGGCAAGUACUAUGAUGUCCAAGAAGGUAUAGGGUGUGUAAGGCAAAACAGUUUCUUUGAAGGCAAAGCAGUGCUGAACCAAGGCCUUGGCUAUUCUGUGAUUCUUGGGUUUGGUGCUUUUUUUGCUUUUUUCACUUCCUUUUUGGUGUGGUUAGAGAAGCGAUAUGUUGGUUCACGCCACACGUCCGAAUGGUUCAAUACAGCCGGCCGGAAUGUCAAAACGGGGCUUAUCGCGAGCGUGAUCGUAUCGCAGUGGACAUGGGCUGCUACCAUUUUGCAAAGUUCCAAUGUUGCUUGGCAGUAUGGAAUUAGUGGACCUUUUUGGUAUGCUAGUGGUGCUACAAUCCAGGUACUAUUAUUCGGUGUUAUGGCUAUCGAGAUCAAACGGAAGGCUCCCCAUGCUCAUACGGUUUGCGAGAUUGUAAAGGCUCGCUGGGGAAAAGCUGCACAUUUCGUCUUCCUUACUUUCUGCCUUAUGACAAACAUCAUCGUGACGGCGAUGUUGCUACUCGGUGGUGGUUCUGUGGUGAACGCACUUACGGGGGUGAACAUAUAUGCCGCUAGCUUCUUAAUACCACUUGGGGUAAUUGUUUAUACAUUAGCAGGAGGGCUUAAAGCUACCUUCUUGGCUAGCUACAUACACUCUGUCAUUGUGCAUGUGGCUUUGGUUAUCUUCGUAUACCUAGUUUAUACAGCUAGUGACAAGCUUGGUAGCCCCAGCAUCAUACACCACCAUUUGCAGGAAGUUGCUAGCAAGUUAAGAACAUGUAAGGAGCCAAUUUCCCACAAUGGACAAUCUUGUGGUCCUAUUGCUGGGAACUACAAAGGUUCUUAUCUCACAAUAAUGAGUUCUGGGGGUCUUGUUUUUGGGAUUAUAAACAUUGUGGGCAAUUUUGGCACUGUUUUUGUUGACAAUGGAUAUUGGGUGAGUGCCAUUGCCGCUCGACCUUCAUCAACUCAUAAAGGGUAUUUGUUGGGAGGGCUUGUAUGGUUUGCUGUGCCAUUCUCUUUGGCAACAUCAUUGGGUCUUGGAGCCCUUGCCCUUGAUCUACCACUAACAGCUGACGAGGCAAGCCGUGGACUGGUUCCUCCUGCUACUGCCAUAGCUUUGAUGGGAAAAGGAGGAUCCGUACUUCUACUUACCAUGCUAUUUAUGGCUGUUACAUCGGCUGGUUCUUCUGAGCUAAUUGCUGUUUCCUCGUUAUGCACAUAUGAUAUCUACCGUACCUAUAUAAACCCAGAUGCCAGUGGGGAGAGAAUCCUGAGUGUUUCAAGGGCUGUUGUGGUAGGCUUUGGAUGUUUCAUGGGAUUGUUUGCUGUAAUAUUAAACAAGGCUGGAGUUUCAUUGGGUUGGAUGUAUCUUGCCAUGGGAGUGCUUAUUGGUUCAGCAGUUCUCCCAAUUGCUUUUAUGCUUCUUUGGAGGAAAGCAAAUGCUGUUGGGGCCAUUGUAGGGACGAUUACCGGUUGCAUUUUGGGAAUUGUCACUUGGUUAUCGGUGGCAAGCAUUGAAUAUGGCCGAGUAAACCUCGACACAACCGGUCGAAAUGCACCGAUGCUUGCCGGAAACCUGGCUUCCAUACUUGCAGGUGGAGCCAUUCAUGCUCUGUGCAGUCUUUUAUGGCCUCAAAACUAUACCUGGGACACCACAAGGCAGAUAACAAUGGUGGAGAAGGAAGAGAGUGAUUUGAAUGAAGAUGAGUUGAAAGAGGAAAAACUAAAAACAGCCAAAUCAUGGAUAGUGAAAUGGGGUGUUGGUUUUACAGUUGUCAUCGUUAUGCUGUGGCCUCUACUCACUAUUCCUGCAGGGGAGUUUAGUGUUGGCUAUUUCACAUUCUGGGCGGUCAUUGCUAUAGCAUGGGGCAGUAUCGGAUCAGCAGUUAUUAUUGGUUUACCAUUAAUUGAAAGCUGGGAAACCAUAAAAAAUGUUUGCAGUGGCAUGUUUACAAAUGAUAGACUAAUGGAAAAGGUUGAGGAGAUGAAUUUCAAGCUGAAUAGUAUUAUGUUGGCAAUUCCAGAAGCAGAGAAAGCAUAUUUGGUGGAGAAAGAAAACAAGAAGAAGUAGAAGGCAUUGGAGCAAUAAAUACAGCAAUUUAUGUUCUCGAAAGGGACGCCUAUCCUGUAUAGCCUGAACCUUAAAUUUCUAAAAAACAAGAGAAAUAUUAAUGCAAACAAAUCUUAACCUUAUUGUGACA